AUGGAAACCUGUUCUAAUGAACAAAAACCUAUUAGAUUAGCUGUACUGGGCGGUGAGUCCACAGGAAAAACUUCCUUUAUCUCAAGAUUGACUUUGAGGAUUGUCCAUGAAGCACAUUAUCCGACGAAGAAUCAAAACAACUGGCUGUUUGAAUUCAUACCACAUUCUAAACUGGCAAGAGCUAUAUUAGAUGAACAACCUCAUGAAAGAUUAUUAAGUCGAACUCCAAGUAGUGAAAAGUUAACUCCUAUCUUUCAAUCACCUGCCGUGACACCAUACGUUCAAUUGUCUCCAUUAAGUUUCCAAUUCUUUAGGGAUAACUAUACACAUUUGAAAAAUACACAAAAAAAUAAAGUUCCUAAUAGUAAUGUAUUGAAAAAGACUCGUAACACCACUUUAUAUCAUUAUUAUAAUAGUAGCAAUAAUGACAGUUAUAUAUCACCGGAAUUUGAAACCAGAGUAUCCCCUAAUCGUAAACGUCCCGAAACCAUUAGGAUGUCGAAUGUUUUACCAAGAAAUUAUAUUCCACCACAAUACUGUCCAAUAUCAAUAGAUAUAAUUGAUACUGCUGGGUUUAAGCCAGAUAUGGUAGUACCUUUUCUAGAAGUUUCUUUAUUUAGAAAUUUGGAUAAAUCUAUUUUAAAAGGUCUUGCAAAUCAACCUAGAGUUCCAGUGUCUACUACUUCCCUCUUAGUUGCUUCUGGUGCAUCAGAAUUAAAUGGAAAGAUCGAUGGCUAUAUAUUAGUUUACAGUGCUAUUCCCGAAUUGAACCAUCAUAUCGUUCCAGAACCACCCACGUACAAAGAACCAACUUCAGUACCAAUCGAUGGUGAAUCAAAUUCUGUUGAUAGUAAAAACGAUCUGUCACAAGAAGAUAUUCCUACAGGUGGAGGUUUAUCACUAUUACCUGUAUUGCGAUCAUGUAUACUGGAUGCAUGGACAGAAUUCAGGAAUUAUGAAACUGGUUGGAAGAAUGGUCAGGAAGAAGAUGUUUAUUCUUUAAUCCACAGUCUGAAAAAUAUCUGGAAAUCACAAGAAUCGGAACAAUCUAAGAUAGCUAAAAUCAAUAAAUUAAGAAAAUUUAAAACUGAAUUAGAUAGUAUUAAUUUAGAUCCUGCAUCACCAGAUUCCCCACCACCAUUUGUAAUUAUUUGUACUCACAUAAAUGCUCCUUUAGCUAGCCCAUUAUUAAUCCAAAAGGGGAAGCAGUUAGCUGCACAAUGGAAUUCAAGCUUUGUUGGUGUUGACAGUAUUGAUGACUUUAAUAUUGAUGUUGCCCUAAGCUUAAUUAUAAGAGAUAUUUCAGAAAAAAAAUAUUUAUUAAGCAAACAUCAUCAUUAUAGUCAAGAUGGAUACCACUCAUCCAAUAAACAUCAUCGUGACAAAAAUGGGGUAAAUAUUAAAUCUUCACCAAAAGCUAGUGUAUUAAAAAAUUUUCUUUAG